AUGGUGACCAAUGACUGUGUAUCGUUUUCCAUCCACCAUAGCUCCAUUGAAAUCUGUGAUGACUUACACUCUUCCAUUAAGAAAUGGAAACCUGAGAUCUUCUUUGUGGACUUUUCAACCUUCGGUCCUCUCGUUCAAAUUGAAGACCCCCCUACUCGUGACCAUGACUCUGCCCCUGAACUUACCCCUGAAGAGCUGCAUCAACAUAACCUUUCUCUUCAAGAAAAAUUAGUAGGGUAUAAAAUCAGCAGGCAUCCUUGGUUAAAGCUAUCGAAGAGCUAA